AAAGGUUUUCGAAGCAUACAGACGCUGCCACAAGCACAAUAUGUACUACAACGAUCGUCAUCUAACAAAAGAGUUUGAGGAGAAGGCCAAGGCCGAGCUGAACGAACUAGAUGGCAACAGAGAGGAGUGCUGGAAUGAAAUUGAACGUUGGGCGUUGGACAAGUACCAGCUAAAGUUUCGAAUUGGCGAUCUUUGGUUGCUGAACACACUACGUUCCUGUAAGUUUAACGCCAACAGCGCCAAGAAGAAGCUGGAAGCGUAUCUCAAUCUGAAGUGUGUGGCGCCAGAAAUGUUCGGAAAUCGUGAUCCUGCGUUGGCGCACAUUCAGGAGCUGCUGAAUAAAAGCGCGCUGAUUUCCUUCGGUACUCCCGAUCAGGAUUGCAUUUUGAUAAGGUGGGGGGUUCUUGAGCCCCACGUAACGAAAAUAUCUGAUGUGCUUAAACUCAGCUCCAUGCUUCUCGAUGUCUACUUAAACGAAAGUGAGACCUGUAUGCUGGUCGGGCAGCACGUGAUCAUUGACCUGGAGGGAUUCACGGGUUUCAUGAAGCAACUCACGCCGAGGUUUCUCAAGAACGUCUUCUGCGACUUCUUCAACGCUUACCCGUGUAGAAUCAAAGGUCUGUACAUGAUCAACACCACGAAGCUGCUCGAAAAAACGUUGAAGUUCGCGAAGCUGUUCAUGAGUGAAAAUAUGGCAUCUACGACCCACGCCUUUGGAAUGAACUACAACGAACUUUUCUCGAUCAUCCCUCAAGAGUAUUUCCCGAGGGAAUACGGCGGAAGUUGCACAUCAGUGGACGAGCUUGCAGACGUACUGAAAGAAAAUCUAGGAAGAAAUCGCAAGUGGUUUCUCGAUAACCCACUCCAUACUACACAUAGUGGCGAUAACCUCAAGCGGCGCAGAAGUCAGACAAUGUUGCAUAAUUUUUAUAAUUUAUUUUAAAAAAAUGAGAAAGAACCGUAAUCGAACUGCUUGAUCAGUAAAAUCAGACCAAGUCAAAACGUCACUCACGAUCUUGACCCUAGACAAUUACGCAAUGCUUAGACGAUUAAUUGCAGUGUUUAUAUUAAAUAUGGCAAAACAGCAUUAAGUAUUAGAAGAGGUUGGAACCGGUUACCGGACUGGAACUGGAACCGGUUGAAUUUACAAGCGCCUCACUUGGAAUCGGUGUAGUUAUUCAAGAAGUUACCGUUACUAUUAGUGCCAAAGAACCGGUUUUUUUGUUCUAAAAGAAGUUUUAAUAAAAGCUGUUAUUUUUUGUUACAAUUAA